AUGUCGUCAGCCAUGGGAGACCAGCGCCACAGCACGGUCAUGAGCGACAGUGACGAGCAAACCGGCUACCACGCCAGAUACCACCACCCCGCCUUGACCCUGACGCUGACACUGACACUGGCCCUUUUUCCCCAUGUCUGCCACCCCCCUCGCGCACCCCACGCGGCCAACAACGCCCGAAAGCCCAGCGAGCCGACUCGCAAAGCAGAGAAAAAUCGUGUCUCUGGCUCUCUCUCCCUCUCUCUCUCUCUCUCUAUCUCUCUCUCUCUCUCUCUCUCUCUCUCUCUCUCUCUCUCUCUCUCUCUCUCUCUCUCUCUCUCUCUGUGCGCGCACUGCCGUUGA